AUGGCUAAUAUAACUUUAUCAGGUCAUGUGGCCAAUAAAAUUUUAAUUAAACAUGGUGCCAUGAGCAUUAUUUAUAUUAAAUCUGCACCAUACAGUUCCGAUAAUAAAUUUAAUCUUGCUGCAUACAAGCGAGGUACUGGUGGUCGCAGCAGUUUUAAUGGAAUUGUUGCAACUGUAUUUGGUUGCACAGGGUUCGUGGGUAGAUAUGUGGUUAAUAAACUUGGAAAAAUUGGUACUCAAAUGAUUCUUCCAUACAGAAGUGAUUUCUAUGAUGCCAGCAGGUUAAAAGUAGCUGGUGACCUUGGACAAGUUCUUUUUACACCUUUUGAUAUCCGAGAUGAAGCAUCUAUUGCUAAAGCUGUUCAAUACUCAAAUGUUGUUAUCAAUCUUAUUGGAAGAGAUUAUGAAACCAAAAAUUUUAAAUACAAGGAUGUCCAUGUUGAAGGGCCUCGGCGUAUUGCUAGGAUUUGUCGAGAAAUGGGUGUGGAAAGACUGAUCCAUCUGUCUUAUUUGAAUGCUGAAAAGAACCCGAAACCUUUGGUUAUGAAGACACCAUCCAUGUACAAAAUUAGCAAGUAUCUAGGGGAAUGUGCCGUAAGAGAGGAGUUCCCAACUGCCACCAUACUUCGUGCUUCUGAUAUUUAUGGCUCUGAGGAUCGUUUCCUGAGGAGUAUCGCAUCCGGCUGGCGCCUUCACAGUCACUUUAUGCCCGUCUACAAGAAUGGCAUGGAAACUAUAAAACAACCUGUUUUUGUAUCUGAUGUGGCUCAGGGUAUAGUGAAUGCCGCUCGUGAUCCGGAUACUAGGUGCCAGGUCUAUCAAGCUAUAGGACCAAAGAGAUAUCUCCUCGGUGACCUCAUUGAUUGGUUCUAUAAGCUGAUGCGUAAGGACGAAAAGUGGGGCUUCAGGCGCUACGACAUGAAGUACGACCCCAUAUUUUUCCCUCUAAGAGUUGCCGCCGCUAAUUUACUAUCUCCGGCCUAUCCGUUCGGUGGGCUCCACUGGGAAGGUUUGGAAAAGGAAUCGACUACUGACAGACCACAGAGUGGAGUACCCACUUUGGAAGAUUUAGGAGUUUGUCUGACGCAUAUGGAAGAUCAAGUGCCAUGGGAAUUGAAGCCUUUCCGUGCAUACCAAUACUACAUCGACAAACUCGGCGAGUUCCCCAAACCCGAUCCUCCCAAGGUGCAAGUAUGUUAA